CCAAGAGGCACAUGGAGGGAGCUGCAGGGGCAGCAGCUCUAGGAGCAGAAUGCUACCUUCUGUAAUUAAAUAACAAUUAUUAGUAUUAUUACUAACAGUAAUAAUACUCUAAUAAUAUCUCUAGUUAUACCAUACCAUUUAUCAAGGAGAAUUGAUCAUAGUAUAGGGAGAAUACCUAACUGGAGUGACCAUAAUGGAGAGGCAAAAAAGGAAAGAGGAAAUAGAGAAGGGGCUUCAGUUUAUCCAGUCCACAUUACCCCUCAGCCAGGAAGAUUAUGAGGCCUUUUUGCAAAAAUUAGUGCGGAACUUAUUUGCAGAGGGCAACGACUUGUUCAGAGAGAAGGAUUUCAAAUUGGCGCUGGUGCAGUAUGUAGAAGGUCUGAACGUGGCGGAAUAUGCAGCUUCAGAUGAGGUGGCAAUUCCAGUGGAUCUCUUAUGCAAGUUGCAUGUCAAUCGAGCUGCUUGCUAUUUUGCCAUGGGCUUGUAUGAGAAGGCUUUGGAAGACAGUGACAAGGCUUUGGGAUUUAACAAGGAGAACAUCCGUGCACUGUUCCGGAAAGCCCGCUGCUUGAAUGAGCUUGGAAGGCACAAGGAAGCAUAUGAAUGUAACAGCUGUUGUUUGCUAUCCCUCCCACAUGAUGAAAGUGUGGCACAACUUGGCCAGGAACUUGCACAGAAACUAGGAUUAAGGAUCCGGAAAGCAUACAAGAGGCCUCAGCAGGAAUUGGAAACAUUCUCUCUACUCAGUAAUGGCAUAUCCUCCACAUUACCAAAUCAGAAUGUUUCCAAUGGCUUGGGUUCAGUAGAUGACAUUGAAACAGAUACCUCUGUGGGCCUUCAGUGUGUCAGUGCUCCCAGUACCACUUGUGCCCCCAUGAGCGAGAGCUCUGCUUUUUCACCAUCUGACUUGGAAACAAAAGGCACCCCAGCUUUACUCCCGGCUGCUGCCCUGCUCCCUUCUGCGGACACAGUAUCUAUGACAGGCUCUGACGGUGUGGAUGACUUCACUGAAGGAGGAGUUCUUGGGGAUGAAUUGGAUUCAAUCCUGGAUUCUAUUGCAGAGGGGUCACAGUACCCACUGUCUCUGGUCCAAGGUGCCAUCCCUGCCAACCUGCCUAGUGAGAUGCCGCAGCUGAUCCCCGUCUUUCCAGGUGGCACUCCACUGCUCCCUCCUGUGGUGACUGCCAACAUUCCAGUCUCCACACCGCUCCCUCCUGCCUCCUUCGGCCUAGUGAUAGAUGCCACAAAACAGCUCUCCUCCUCGUCUGUUCUGGAUGCUUUUGAACCCCCGGUUGGUGGUGAAGGCAGUUCCCCGUUGGACUCGUUGGAUUCACUAGACCUUCUCCCAUACACAGAGUCUCGGCUUGAUGUGCUGGAUGCUUUUGGAACUAGCAGGGGAUCACUGGAUGCACUGGAUUCCUUUGUAGUUGAGGAAACCAGCGCCCAAGAGCCAAGGCAAUCUGCUAGUAUCCAGAAGCCACCACUUGUGGCCAACCACAGUGGGCCAAGUCAUACAACGGUACCCAAAGUAGCAGAAUUGCUGAUGUCUCAGCCUGAAUCAGUGAUGUCGAACACAGCCCUACUUGUGAAGAAUCCUCUGGCAUCCACUCAUGUCUUCAAACAAGCCUGUCAGAUCUGCUAUCUCAAAACAGGACCCAAGGCUGGUGAUUAUACCUAUCGAGAGGGUCUAGAACACAAGUGCAAGCGGGACAUACUGCUGGGCAGACGCCGUACUUCAGAAGAUAAAACCUGGAAGAGAAUCCGGUCACGCCCAACUAAGACUAAUUUUGUGGGAUCUUAUUAUCUGUGCAAAGAUAUGCUUAACAAGCAGGACUGUAAGUACGGGGAUAACUGCACCUUCGCGUACCACCAGGAGGAGAUCGACGUGUGGACAGAGGAACGGAAGGGAACCCUCAAUCGCGAUCUCCUCUUCGACCCCCUGGGUGGGGUCAAGCGGGGCAGUCUGACCAUUGCCAAGAUCUUGAAGGAACAUCAGGGCAUAUUCACUUUCCUCUGCGAGAUCUGCUUUGACAGCAAACCCCGGAUAAUCAGCAAAGGGACCAAGGACUCUCCGGCAGUGUGCUCCAAUCUUGCUGCAAAACAUAGCUUUUAUGAUAACAAGUGUUUGGUUCACAUUGUUCGUUCCACUUCUCUGAAAUACUCUAAGAUCCGCCAGUUCCAGGAGCACUUUCAGUUUGAUGUGUGCCGGCAUGAAGUGCGCUAUGGCUGCUUGCGUGAAGAUAGCUGCCACUUUGCUCACAGCUUCAUAGAGCUUAAAGUCUGGCUGCUACAGCAGUACUCUGGAAUGACUCAUGAAGAUAUUGUACAGGAAUCUAAAAAGUAUUGGCAGCAGAUGGAAGCUCAUGCCAUCAAGGCUAACAACAAUGUGGCUUCUACAAGGACUCCCACAUCAAACACAUUUGACCUCCAGAUGAAAUUUGUUUGUGGCCAGUGUUGGAGGAAUGGGCAGGUGGUGGAACCAGACAAGGACCUCAAAUAUUGUAGUGCCAAAGCACGCCACUGUUGGACCAAGGAACGCCGUGUCCUGCUAGUGAUGUCCAAAGCAAAGAAGAAGUGGGUGUCUGUCCGACCGCUGCCUUCUAUACGCAACUUCCCUCAGCAAUACGAUCUAUGUAUCCAUGCCCAAAAUGGCAGGAAGUGCCAGUAUGUUGGAAACUGCUCCUUUGCUCACAGCCCUGAGGAGAGAGAGAUGUGGACCUUCAUGAAAGAAAAUAAAAUUUUGGAUAUGCAGCAGACCUAUGACAUGUGGCUGAAAAAACACAACCCUGGGAAACCAGGUGAGGAGACACCACUAACAGCAAGGGAAGGAGAGAAGCAAAUCCAGAUGCCUACAGACUACGCAGACAUGAUGGGUUACCACUGCUGGCUCUGUGGAAAGAACAGCAACAGCAAGAAGCAAUGGCAGCAGCACAUCCAGUCAGAAAAGCAUAAGGAGAAAGUUUUCACAUCCGACAAUGAUUCCAGCUGUUGGAACUACCGUUUCCCCAUGGGCGAGUUCCGACUGUGUGAAAGAUUCCAGAAGACAAAAUCCUGCCCUGAAGGGGAGAAAUGUCGCUUUGCUCAUGGCCAGGAUGAGUUGACUGAGUGGCUGGAUCGGAGAGAAGUAAUGAAGCAGAAGUUGGCGAAAGCCCGCAAGGAUAUGCUGCUGUGCCCCAGAGAUGACGACUUUGGCAAAUACAACUUUCUAUUACGGGAUAGCAUGUAAUUGCCAGGGGAGAAAAACAGAUUUUCAGAGCUGGGGAUGGAAGGAACAGGGCAGUAACAGAGAUGCUAAUAAUUAUCCCACAAGAACCAUUCCUUCCAUUGUAAAAUAAUCAAGGCAGUUUAGUGGGGUCGAAUGGAAUUAUGAAUUGAUUCAUCUAUAGCUGGUGAAUAUGAUACUCUUAAAAUCUUUGUUUUCUACAUGUUUCCUUUUUAUUUUUUUAAUCUGCCACCACUAGUCUCUUAAUUUUCCCCUUUAAACAAAAAUACUGCUUGCAGUGUUGAUAUACUUGUAUAUGAGAGAAAGAAAAUGAGAAAAAAAAAUUCAUUCUGAUUCUCUGCACCCUGAAUCCUUACUUUGGACUGCUUGGUUUUAUUGCGACAUUACAUUGUCAUGGAAACAAGUAUAGAAAAACCAGUGGACAAGUAAAGAGGGGGUUUUGUUCUUGGGGGAGGGUCCCUACAGGUUAUUGUAUGCCUCGUCUUCACAGGAACCCAUUCCACUGUGUAGAUAAGUCUCUGAAAAGAAACAAAUUAAUUUAAAAUAUAGAUGAGGUCUUAUAAAUCAAUAUGGUUUUCAAACUUUGAAAAUGACUCUGGUAGUCUGUAGAUUUCAGUGAGAGAAAUUAUCUUUCUCUUCUAGCAUCAAUUCUGUCCAUCCCUAUCAAGAGAAAGAGGAUCCUGGAUUCCUAUCUUAGCCGUUAGGUACCUAGUAUAUUAUCUUUAACUGCAGUCAGCAGUUGAAUUUUUUUCCCAAUUUACAGAUUAUAUAUUAUGCAAAAAGUAAAUCAGUAAUGGUUUAUUGAAUUAAAGCUGCUUAUCAUUUUCUUUAAGCAUAGCUCUGAAGAUUUCUCCCUUUACACAGACACCAAAAAAGAGGCCAUUUAAAAUCAAUAUGCUUUCAACAUCGUGCUUGGGUGCACAAACUUGGCAUAAGAAAAGUAAGGCUUGAAGUCUAAGUAGAGCCUGUUCAGUCAUUAUGGAAUGGCUGCGUCUUCCCCCUGUAAUGAUGCCCUCUGUGUGUACAAUUAUGCGCUUGACUACUUGGACAUAGACUUCGUGUGCCAGGCCCAAAAGUGUGGAUAGUGGAAAUGGGCAGAAAUAAUUUAAAAGGAUAUAAAAGCACCAUGUAGUAGUUUAGUUACAAAAGUUGACAUUUAGAAAACAACACUUAAUAAAUCCAGUGAUAACACUCUAGAGUAAGGAGGCUUGGAACAUUCUUUCACUACAUAAGAAACUGGAACCAGAUUACAAGAAAUGUAAGCUUGCCUGAAAUCAAAACUAGAAUUGAACUAAAACAAAUAAAUAAACAGUGUUUCCAAAAAAGAAAUUAACAUUAAAAAGUUAAUUGGAUUUAAUUGAAAUUUCAAGAAAUGGAAGCAAGAUGGCGAACUGUGGUGCUUCCAAAACUAACAAUCUAGUACCUAAAAAUAGCCUCCAGCAACAAUAAGUUUCCAUCUCCUUCCUCAAACGGGAAGACAUUUUAUGUAUCAGUAGUAUUUAAUAUACCUCUGAAAUGAAUUUUCAGAGGCUGUAACAUGAAGCAGCCCUACAAGAAACCAACCCAUUGAACUUAAUGGGACUUCAGGUAUUCAGGAUUGGCCUGUAAAAUUUGCAAAAAUCAAAGUGAUGGAAACAUUUGGCAGAGUGCUCAUUCUGCAUGGGAUAGUCAAAGAAAAAAAGUAUCACUCUAUCAUGUUGAUGCUUUUUUGAGUGGCAGCAACAUGAGGUAUAGGUACGCAGAAGUACAUUCUGAAUAGAGAUGCUUUUGCAAGCUGAAAGGCUCAAAGGUUGUGUUGAGCAUCAUAAUUAGCUGAUCUCAAAUUAUUCUCCUUAGAUUCUAGGAGGGUAUAUUCUUGUAGGUCUUGUGCAAAUGCUUGAUCUACAGAACAGCUGAGAUACAACUUUUGUAAGUUGAAGAAUGACACUGUACAAUUUAAAAAGGGGAGAUUUCAUACUGAGAUCUUGCAGGGAUCUGCAGUAUUGGUUAUAUACAAUUGAUUUUUCUUAUCUUGUCCAACUGAGGUGAUUUCAGUGAUUUGCAUUUCCUCUCCCUUCCACUAAUAAAGUAAUAUGAAUCAAUAUAAAAUAGGCUGCCACCCCCCCCCCCCCCCCGAUAUGCAGAGGGUCAAAUAAUUGUAGAAAGGAUAAGAAAUUAAAUGAGUAAGGGAAUGUAAUGUCAGAGAGUUACUCUAACUGCUCCCUUUUUAUUUCAUCCUGUCGUUUAGCUGAUGACCAGAUGCCUCAUCUCUGUCUCACUUGUGUCAGGAAAUGUCUGACCUUUGCACAGUGACUUUUGCAGAUCAUAAAAUCAACUUGAGGUUCCCUGUGUAAACACAGCUACUUUGGUUUAUUUCUAUAAUAUUAAAAGUUGCUUUCUUAUUCUUCACCAUCUUCUAAAGAAAGGAAGAGCAGGCGUAAGGGAUUUUUUUAUGCCACUGAUUAUAUCUUAAUCACUAUUCAGUGGAAUCCACCCAUACAUUUCAUUCAAGAGCCGUGUUGAUGUAAGCAGGCACCCUACAGUAUAUCCAUCCUGGUGAGGUGACUGUGCUGGAAUUUGAAAUGAAACCUUUUAUUUUUUUUAUUUUUUAUUUUUCAGAAUAAAGAGGGGUACAGAAAGAAGAGGGGGGGGAUAAAUGAAACCUUUUAGAUCGUGUUAUGUGCUUUCCUCUGCCCUUGUUUUGAGAAAAAGGGAGUAUGUUCUUGUCUCCUGUCUUGUUAUUUUAAUAGUCUUAAUUCAUGUGACAAUAGAAUAAGCAAAGCCACAGGAAUCCAGCAGCAGUCAGAUGAGCCAAAUCAUCCCCUUCCCUACAGAGAUAUUUUCAGUGAAAUCCUAAGCAGAGUUACUCCAGUCUAAGCCAAUUGAAAUUAGUGGGCCUAGACUGGAGUAACUCUGCUUAGGACUGUGCUGUUUGAGUAGUUUCCUGUUGCCUGCUUUAACCAUUAUGCCUUCAACCUUUUGGUAUUAGUUCAGAAAAUACCAACAAGAGCAAUUGACGUUAGCUUCUGGGGCUGAGCUGUUAGCUAUUUGUGGCAGAUAGUAGGAAAACACAUAUAAGAGAUGGAUGUUUAAAAUUCUUAAACUAUCUGUAUCUAGAAAUGUAACUGUAUAUGCUCUGCCAUUAUUUUAUGAUAUGUGAAUUUAUUUUAGAUUAUGGGGUGGGGGUGAUAUUUCCUUUCCUCUUUAAUUCAAAAAUAAACUGCUUUGUGGUCCCUUU